AUGGGGUUCGGAAUCCUAGAUGAUAAACAUCUUUCAAACGUUCCAGGUACUUCGCUUUUGACUGACCGUAAAGUUGUGCACGGUCAACAGGUUAAUCUCGAUAACGCUACCGACUUGAAAAGAGGGACCGGCAGGUUUGCGCACGUCAUCCUCGUUCCUCAGCCAUCCGAUGACCCUAGGGAUCCACUCAAUUGGCCAAGGUGGAAGAAGGAGACUUGCUUCUGGACUCUUGCUUUCCUGGCUUCACUCGAUGGUGCUCUCUCGCCAAUGGUCGGGCCAGGUUACGUCCUGCUCUCGAAACAGUUCGGUGUCAGCGUGGACGAUGUAGCAUCGAGUUUCGGCUCUAUUCUACUCGGUUUGGGUUGUUUCAUGUUACUUCAAGGCACUCUUGCUGUCAAGUUUGGACACCGGAUCGUGUAUUUGGGCUCAGUAUUUCUGAUGUUCAUCUCGUGCAUUUGGUGUGCUGCCAGUCCCAACCUGGCGUCGAUUCGGGCAUCUAGAGCCUUUCAAGGAUUCGGAAUGUCGGCACUGCAGAGUCUAGUCGCAUCCACAAUCGAACAACUCUUCUUCGUCCAUGAGCGUGGAAGCCGGUCUGUGAUAUGGAGCUUUUCGAUCAUGUCGGGAAUCACACUUGGCCCUCUACUUUACAGCUACGUAAUUCAAAACCUUUCCUGGCAGAUGGGCUUCUGGUUUGUUUCGAUUCCGCUGGGUGUCGGCUUUCUCCUCGUUUUCUUUUUCGUCCCCGAGACGACUUUCGACCGCGCUUCCACCAAUAACGAGAAGCUUGUUGACAGUGAGAAACGGAGCAUGGACAAGGACAGUUCCUCUACGUCUCGCGAAGCCCAGUCGCCCGUACCGUUACCACCCAAAGCGAGCUAUCUUUCCCAGCUAAGAGUUUGGCAUGGAAUAUUUACUAGGACCCCUUUCCUUACAAUAUUCUUGCGGCCGUUCCCCUUCCUACUCUCUCCCGUGACACUUUUCAUCUUCUUGGUUCACGGAAUGCAAACAGUUUGGUUGAGUCUACUUCCCAUUUGCUCCUCAACGAUCUUCACAAUCGAGUACGGCUUCAACGCUUCUCAGAUUGGGUUGACAAAUCUGGGCGGGAUUGUUGGGAUUGUUCUUGCAACCGCCAUCACUGGGCCUUUGACAGACUGGGGGACCAUCUGGCUAUCUAAUCGCAACAAAGGAAUAUAUGAACCAGAGUUCCGAAUAUAUUUCAUCACCACUAUGUUAUUCGGAACGUUCGGUUAUGCGGGCUGGGCUGUGGGUACGACACACAACAUGCCUUGGAUCGGUGCAGUCGCGUGCUUGACACUCGCGAAUUUCAGUAUGGUGACCUCUGGUUCGGCAGCAGUCACCUACCUUCUCGAUACUCACGGACCAAAUGCCCUGCAUGUACUCGCUCUCACCAACUUCCUGAAGAACAUGGUGUUGUACGGCUUCACGUUUUUCGCGAACGGAAUGAUCCUGCAUCGUGGAGUCAAGGUCUCGCUGUUGAUCUUGGCGGCAUGUCAGACGUUCUGUUGGCUCGCUUCGAUUCCGAUGUAUGUGUACGGGAAACGUGUGAGGUCUUUUCUCGCGCGACAUCCUCAAUGGUUUGAUAUUGGUAUCGAGAGCGAAUCUGAACAACGCCAACCUCAAUCGGAGAAGUGA